AUGCACCAAGAGUAUAGGACUGACUUAACUGAUGAAGAAGUUCAGAGCCUUAGAAAUCUGAUUAAUUCAGCUGUUUUAGAUCCAAAAGUGAAGGGUGGUUUGAGAUGGCCCCUAGGGAAGUCAAUUUCAGGGGAUCGGUACUGUGUUAGUGGGGUUUGGCACACAGAGAUUAGGUUGUAUGAAAACUCAUCACUGAGGCUCAAGUUAAAACAUGCUGAUCGAUUUAGUUUUGAGUCUUCUACUGGGGAGUCUGCAAUUGUAAUUACUCUGAUGUUGAAGCGAUUAGCUUUGGACGUACUGGAACAGAAGGUGGAUACUGAUACUAUCUAUAAUAUGUUUAAGAACACCUUAGGGUUGAUAUAGGAUCAUUUUCUGUGUUGUGAGCACUUCUUGACAUAAUACAACCAUAUAA